CAGUCUUUCGAAUCUGUUUGUAUAUGCUAAAUUAUAGCGCCGCAGGCUUAUAGUGCAUUUUUAGCAUAAGAUUAAUAUUGUUAAUAUAGCGACACUAGUGUAUUUCGUACUGUCACGGUUCGACGAACCGGUGUAGAUUCCGUGGUAAACCAUCUGUAAACUGAGUUAAAACUGGCGCACAUUGCUGCAGUUAAUGAUUACCCAGUCAGAUUUUAGAAGUAUAUAGAAAAUUAGGUAAGAUGGUGCUGACACGUCCUAAUGAUUUGCCUUUGCCAAGUGUAGGCUACAGCAGUUACUAUCUUCCGAUACUAAAGGGCUUCGGAGAGAAUAUAGCUCUGGUUGAUAUUGGAAACGAAGAAGCAAGCUACACUUUCUCACAAGUACAUGACAACUCAAUCAAAUAUGCAAACCUACUAAUAAAGUUAGGUAUUGGCAACGGAGAUGUUAUUGCUCUCUGCUGUGGAAACUGCGCAGAGUAUUUAAUGCUAUUAUUAGCUGCUGCUGAAUUGGGUGUGAGUGUUACAACCUGUAAUCCAAAACACACACAAAGUGAAAUGAUUCAUCAGUUCAAUGUUGUUGCACCAAAACUUGUAAUUGCCGAUUCAAAUAUCGUGGAAAAACUGGAGCAUGUUUCAGAAGCUGUAACUGCCAUCAAGAAAAUAGCGACGCUUGGAAAACAUGAGAAAUAUAUCUGCUUACGGCAAUCAUUAAAUCAAGAAUCUUCUGUGAAAGAGUACGUUCCAGUGACGUCCAAACGAGACAUUAGCAAUACACCUUUUGUUCUCCCGUUUUCUAGCGGGACCACUGGAAAACCAAAAGCAGUUCAACAUUCUCAAGCUAUAUAUACUGCAUACACCUUGCUAUGGUCAGCCACAUUAAAGCUUCCCAACCACGGAAUAUGUUAUUGCAUUGUACCAAUGUUUCAUAUGUUUGGAAUGGUCACAUCUCUCAGCGCUAUCACGCAAGGCUGUAAACUCAUAGUUGGGACUAAAUUUGAAGCUUCGAGCAGCCUUGCCGCAAUAGAAAAGUACAAGAUUACACACGCCCCUCUUGUACCACCAAUGGUGAUUGCGUUUUCAAAAGAAAACUUGCAAAAGUACGAUUUGUCGUCCAUGGAAUACAUUCUGUCUGCAGCAGCCCCUUUGCCAGUAAAAGUUGGUGACAACUUGAGGGAGCUUUGGAAAACCGUCAAGAUAAACCAAUGUUAUGGGAUGAGUGAAGCCGCGCCACUGUCAGGUUGUCUGGAGCCGGACUGUCCAAAAGAAUCAGUUGGUCGUUUAGCGUUUAAUUUGCAAGUGAAGGUUGUAGAUGUUAAGACUGGCAAAGAACUGGGUCCGAAUCUAGACGGAGAGUUACGGUACAAGGGGCCUCAGGUAUUUAUGGGCUAUUACAAUGCUCCAGAAGCGACAAGGAACAGUUUUGAUGAAGACAAUUGGUUUCGGAGUGGAGAUAUUGGGCACUAUGACGAAAGAGGUUACAUUUAUAUUGUAGAUCGGUUGAAAGACUUGAUCAAAUAUAAAGGAUUUCAGGUAUCACCGGCCGAGAUAGAACGCGUUCUAUUUGAAAACCCUAAAAUUGCUGACGCAGCAGUAUUUGGAGUGCCUGAUAAUGAAGCGGGAGAACUUCCGAGAGCUUUUAUAGUAAAGAGGAAGGAAUCUCUGACCGCCUCAGAGGUGCACGAGUAUUUAAAAGAUCGCCUGUCAAGUUACAAGCAACUGCGUGGAGGUAUUAUCUUUCGAGAUUCGAUUCCGAAAGCACAGAGUGGGAAGGUUAUCAGAAGGUCACUGCGGUCUGUUGAGAGUAAACUGUAGAAGUUGUGUGAAUAAUCAAAGUAUUACUGUAAAUACAAAAGUAUGUGUA